UCGGCAGUAAGCAAAAUGGCGUCAUUGUGGAUGGUGAUGUCUCUGACGGUUUCGUUAUUUUUAACACCUUUUCUUAUGUUUUUGCUUGCCAUUAUAUUUCUGGCUUCUAUCGGAAAGUCACUCGGCGUCAGAAGAUUAUACAUAAAAUUGUUAUUAGCGCUUUUCGAGUAUGGUAGACAAAACAUCGAGUAUGUCAAGAAGAGGAAUGGUACAUGGAAUCGAGUUGCUGACGAGGAACAGGAGCCGCUUAACGAAAAGCAAAAUGUGCAUAAUUCCAUAGAAACCGAGUGCAAGUUGCAAAACGGAGUCCCGAGCAACAACGUGAUAGCUAGGUCAAAAGAUUUGAUCCUGGUGCCAGGGCCAGAGAUGCAGAAUCCCAGAAACAACCUGGAGGAAUCGACGAUUGAGAAAUCUCAAACGUCGACAACCAUUAGUAAAAAUGAGAGUCUCAUUCGCAGGGAUUCCUUCGAAACACUGAAGAAAGAAUUUGAAUCUGCGAUCUGUUUGGAUUACAUCAAAGUUGGCGUGGAGGCUAUUAUCGAAGAUGAGGUGACAUCUCGUUUUGAGGCAGAAGAGCUCAAGAACUGGAAUCUAUUAACUCGAACAAAUAGACAAUAUGAAUUUAUUUCUUGGAAGCUAACUGUGAUAUGGAUGUUUGGUUUUGUUAUGCGAUAUUGUUUCCUUCUUCCUUUGAGGAUAUUCAUUUGCUUCAUAGGGGUACAGUAUCUUGUAAUUACAACAUUUUGUAUUGCCUCACUACCAAACGGUUUUAUUAAGCAAUGGGCGUACAACAAGGCUAGCCUUAUUGCAUUCAGGGUAAUAUCCCGAUCUAUAUCAGCUAUAAUUACAGUCCAUAAUCCUGAGUACAAACCAAAAACUGGAGGCAUGUGUGUGGCGAAUCACACUUCCACAAUUGAUGUGUGCAUCUUAUCCACACAGACAGCAUUCUCUUUGGUGAUGUGGCUGACGGUAUGUACAGCAGUUGUGGGCUACGUUCCAGAGGGUAGUUUCAAACGAUGGCUGAAUUUCAAAGUCUCCAUAAUGUGCUUCGGUGUCUUAUCGAGCGCUUUAUCGUCAGUAAUCACAUACCAUAAUCCAGAGAAUCGACCUGUCAGGGGCAUAUGUGUGGCUAAUCACACUUCUCCCAUUGAUGUUCUGGUACUUAUGUGCGACAAUUGUUACUCUUUGAUAGGUCAGAGGCAUGGUGGGUUCUUAGGAAUUUUACAAAGAGCUUUAGCACGUGCUUCUCCUCAUAUAUGGUUCGAACGAUCUGAAGUUAAGGAUAGGGAAGCAGUGGCAAAAAGGUUGAAAAAACAUGUGUCCGAUCCUACAAAUCCGCCAAUUCUUAUUUUCCCAGAAGGAACAUGUAUAAAUAAUACAUCGGUUAUGCAGUUUAAAAAAGGCAGUUUUGAAGUUGGUGGCGUUAUUUAUCCUGUUGCAAUAAAGUAUGAUCCAAGAUUUGGAGAUGCGUUUUGGAAUAGUAGUCGAUAUUCAAUGAUACAAUACUUAUACAUGACUAUGUCAAGUUGGGCUAUAGUUUGCGAUGUCUGGUAUCUUCCUCCGAUGUAUAGAAACGAAGGGGAGAGCGCUAUCGAUUUCGCAAAUAGAGUAAAGUCUGUGAUAGCGAGGCAAGGUGGUUUAGUUGACUUACAAUGGGAUGGUCAACUUAAAAGAAUGAAACCAAAAAAAGAGUGGAGGGAAAAGCAACAAGAGGAAAUUAGUAAACGACUUAAAGUCGAAUGAAUCGAGUCAUCUCUAGUCACACUUUCAUGAUCGAUAUAAUGUGUGAUAUUAUCGUUAAACAAGAACACUUCAUCCGAUGUGUUAUUUUGUAUUUUUUGUGGAUAUCUGUUUGAUAGAAGAAAGAUAGUCCGUAUGCAUGAUUCAAUAUAAUUACUUUCACAAAUAUGGUACUUUGAAUUUUAUUAAAUUGUCUUUUAUAUGCGGGAUGAUCGAUUAAUUUAUAUUGAAGUAUUCUAAUUUAUCAAAUGGAAUUUGUAACAGUAUCUUUAUAAAAAAAUUAGAUUUUCUUAUUGUUACAUUAAAUAUCAAUUUAUA